AUGAAGGUCGAAUUUGCGCCGCUCAACAUCCCGCUGGCGCGGCGGCUGCAAACCGCGGCGGUGUUUCAGUGGGUCCUGUCUUUCCUGCUACUCGCGGAGGUGUGCGUUGGAAUCCUCCUGCUCCUGAUCAUAUACAACUAUUGGUUCCUCUACAUCCCGUAUUUGACAUGGCUUUACUUUGACUGGCGAACCCCGGAGCAAGGAGGCAGGAGAUCCAACUGGGUCAGAAGCUGGGCCGUUUGGAAGCACUUUAAGGACUAUUUUCCAAUUCAUCUCAUCAAAACCACGGAUUUGGAUCCAAACCACAACUACAUAUUCGGGUUUCACCCCCAUGGAGUGCUCGUGGCUGGAGCAUUUGGGAAUUUUUGCACAAACUAUUCGGCGUUCACGGAGCUGUUCCCUGGCUUCACCGCCUACCUCCACGUGCUCCCGGUUUGGUUCCGGUGCCCGCUCUUCCGGGAGUAUCUGAUGAGCAGCGGGCCAGUCUCCGUUUCUAAGAAAAGUGUGUCCCAUGUGCUGAGCAAGGAGGGAGGUGGAAACAUUUCAGUCAUUGUCCUCGGGGGUGCAGAGGAGUCGUUAGAUGCCCAUCCUGGGAAAUUCACUCUGUUCAUCCGCCAGCGGAAAGGCUUUGUGAAAAUUGCUUUGACCCACGGUGCCUACUUGGUUCCAGUGUUUUCUUUUGGUGAAAACGAACUAUUUAAACAAGUGAGCAACCCUGAAGGCUCGUUGCUUCGAAGCGUGCAGAAUAAAAUGCAGAAGAUCAUGGGUUUCGCUUUGCCAUUGUUCCACGCCAGGGGCAUUUUCCAGUACAAUUUUGGACUAGUGCCGUACAGGAAACCCAUUCACACUGUUGUUGGCCAUCCAAUCCCUGUUCAUCAGACUCUGCACCCAACCUCAGAGCAGGUCGAGGAGCUGCAUCAGACCUACAUGGAGGAGCUAAGGAAAUUAUUCGAGGAGCACAAGGGGAAGUACGGAAUCCCAGAGCAUGAGACUGUCGUUUUUAGAUAACCGUACUCUCAGAAGCCAUUAAGGACGAUGAGAAGACAUCCCCUCCUGACGAUAAACCCUUUAAAUAAGUUUAUUAUUUUCCCUUGACCAUGGAAUCAAUUUGCAACUGAAAAGUGUUGUUUUAGUGAAAGAUGUUGAUGUGUACCUGUGUAAAAUAAGAAUACAGUGUGUGAUUAUAGGAUAAGGUUAGAGAUGACUGGAAGUCUUUUAAUCACCCUCCUUAACAUUUAGGACGGUGAAAUCAUGUUCCAGGUUCAGGAAUGGUUUCGAAUUACAUCCUCAAAAAAUAGGACAGCUUCAGAAACCAAUUAGACCCUUUUCUAAAUAUCACAAUAAUUUAAGAUGGUGUUUCCACUAAGUGUGUCGCUGCUGUUCAGCACCGUUGGGACAUGUAGGGGUUAGUGUGUAAAAUAAUCUGCCAUGUGCAGCUGGAACCGAUCAUUUAUUUAUUUUUCUUUCACUUGAACACACUGUUUUAUCCGUGAAUAAUGUUACUUUUAAGACUUAGAUCAUUUGAUACAUUAGAUCAUGUCAACCAGCACACUUUUAUAGAAAGGGGCAGGAUUUUUACACAGUGUUCCAAAAAGGAUGAAUCUCCCUCACGGAAACCCGUGUGGAUUGGAGCCUGGCCCCUCGUUUCUGUUCAUGCUGAUAAGUAUUCAUCCUGGGCAUCUGCUUAGGAGUACGUUCGCUCGCUGUAGAGAAGGAGGAAGACACACUUUGGCACAGGCUUUAGGACGCUGUUUGCAACAGGUUUUUAUGGUAAUAGAAAUGGUUUUAAUUUUCUCCCCCCAUGUCCUCUUUGAAUAAGAAGCUGUGAAAGAGAGCGCCCCCUCUGGUCAGAUGUGUCCAGUGCUCAGCUGACUUGGGUUAUGUGAGUCUCCCCGGAACUGGAAGUCACGUCUGUGAGAGCAGGGACCAGGGACCUUGUCCCUUCUGUGUGCUGAUGUCUCACUAUGCCUGGGUCACCUCGUCACACUUAGUAGGCACAAAGUAAGUACAUGACUCAAUUAAUGUAUUUGCAGAGGAACAUGCACACUUUGCCAUAAGGUGAAGAAUUUUUAAAGCUCUACUGUAGGAUGAAACCUGGAAUAAGACGAGACCCACUUUCAGAAGGAGAUAAUUCUCUGUAAGUGUCCCCUGCCCAUGGUUGACAGCACUGCGGGGUGGCCUGGAAGGAGCAAGUCAGAGGGACGUUUCUAAUAAUUAGCAGUAAAAAUCAUUCGGUAAGAAGAAUGUCUAGUUUCCAAACAAUGUCCAUUGCUGGGUGCUGCUUCUGAACUUCCUCCACUCUGGGUAUUUGAGGGUAACUCCCCUGAGUUGUUCUCACUCGUUGGUCCUAUGUCUUCAGGCCUCUCAUUUCUAAAACGUCAAGCUCUGGGCUGGAGCCGGGAUUGGGUUCUGCCGGAGCAGAGUGCAAUUGCACUGGGUAAUGUCCUGAGCAGGGACGCAUUUCACACAGGCGAAAGGGAACCCUCUUGACUGUUCUUCAUAAGGGUUUGUGGCCAUGAUCUUGAUUUUUUUUUUUUUUUGUAGAAAGCAGAGAAUCUAGUAAACACUUCCUUUACUAGAUGGUGGAAAUUCAACUGUAAAUCCUGUUACCCAGUACUAAAACAAAUAAACAAACAAACAUUUCUGUAUAUAUAGAAAAGGAACACCAUUUACAUAAAAUGACCCUCCAGCUGGUCAGAGGUCAGUCUUUCAGAAUGUAACUGGAAGACCCAAUAAUGACAGCCAAAGGCCUUUAAGUUAUUAUAAAACGCAUGAAUUGCCUUCCUUUGGAGUGUAUUAAAAGCUCAUGACACAUAGUGUUUUGCGGGUUCACAAAGGUAUGAAUUUUAACCUCAUAGCUGGGAGGGAGAGGGCCAAGCUGACCCCUACCCCCCGCAUCAGCUGGGUUGGUUGUCUAGCAGAUACAGUCAUGUGUGGUCAACCAGAGGCAUUGAAAAAUGAGAAAAGUUCUUCCCAGAUGAAUUUAUCUAGAAUUCCGCCAUUUAAAAAAUCUAGACAUCAGUACCUUUAAUUUUGGCAUACCCCAAAAUUCUCUUGUUAGGUACAGAUAUUAGGGAGUUCUCUUCUUUUCUUUGGGUCUCCAGAGGUGUUAAUCCCACCAGGCCAGAAGUCCUUCCAUAAACUCAAAGCACAGUUGUAAGUUCCACGGAGCCCUAGAAAUUGCACAUGAGUUUCUGUUGUGAAUUUUGCUGCAAUGCAGAUGUGGGUAGUAUAUUGUAUCCACAAGUGUGGUUUGAUGGAGACCUCUAUUUUAAAGGUUCUCAUCUGCUACACACUUGCACCUAAAAUUGGAGCAGCAAAGCAACACAGUAACAGCAGCAGCAGUAACCCCAGAACGCUGAAGAGACUCUGGGAUAGCUGCCUUGAGAAAAUGUGCGUGCGUGCUGUUUGGUUUGGACAGUUCUUUUUCCUGCGUUGCAUGCACACUGGCUGCAGGCUGUCAUUUCCUGUGUCCGCAGUCUGGAAGUAUUGAAGUGGUCUGUGUCUGGCCAAGUCCGUUGUGCUCACAUCGCAGGGCGUAGCCUUGGGGCUUCAGAGGGCCAGCCAGUUUUGCUCUGUCCCAUGGGAACCAGGGUAAGGGUUGCUGCAUGGUUUACACAAACCCUUCGCGACAACUGUGAAGAUGUUCGAAGUGUACAUUCUUCAGGGAUGGUGAGCAAGCCUUUAUCAAUAGGUUUCUGUCCUGGGAAUCCAAGGGCGUGGAACCCAGGCAGGAGGCCCACGCCUCUGUAACUUGAUGCCUCUUUCAGGCUACCUCUUCCUCUGACCAGAGACCAUGAUGAUGGGAUUUGCUAAUUGGAUCCCCCCCCCCCACACACACACAAUAAUCCAGGAUCACUGGUUCUCCUCUAUCUCCUGUGUUUUUCAUACUGAGUGAUAAGAUGUCUAUUGGUGGUGCUGGGAGAGUUCCUCCAAGUCAAAUUUGUAUAUCUUUUUAAAAAAGAAAAAUAAGGGAGCUUCCAAACAACCAACUAGCUGCUCCAGUUUCUCUCGGGAGCAGUUCUUUGUAUUAACAAUAAAGGGAUUUCUCUAGUACUUUAUAUGUUGAUUUUUGAGACUGAUCCUUCCCAAACACCUCCAGCUUAGUGCCUUAAUAUCUUAAGUGAGGAGGAGAAGGUUUCCCCCAAUCCACAGCCACCCCCUGGGAUGAGUCCCCGUAGCACAGUCUGGCUUGUGUGCAUUUCCAUCUGGGCUCUGGCGCAAUCUCUCAAUUGGAUGCUCACAGCACUGGCCUGGCCACUGGAUGGAGCACGUCACCAAAGCCAAGUUUCAGAGCCUGAAGGGACUUCACAGUCUGUCUAGUUAUUUGUUCGGCCCAGGAAGGUGUUGAAUCCCAAUGAAGCUGAAUGUGGGUUGGAACCAACUCCUCUGCUCUAGAUUGAGCUGGAGGUGCUUCUGUGUCCUGAUCAUUGAUCGAUAAACCCAGCAGUUCCUGGAGGAAACAAAAGUGUCCAAAAAGUAGAAUGUGAUCUAAAAUACACCUAAAGCAAGGGAGUCGACAUCUCUCAAGCAAGCUCUGUCUUCCUCGGGCCGUGAACAUUUUUCUGUUUUGAGACUAGUAUACUGCAUUGUUGACUUUCCCCUUUUGCAAGAGCUAUUUUGGUGGUGCAUCCUGGGUCCAGUCCAAGUUUUCAACAGCAAGCUUAGGCACCAGAGCCUUUUGUAUUGCAGUGGCAGGAUCAGGCGAGGUGCCUGUGCUCGGGGUGGUGACAGACCUUGCAAAGGAUCGCUCUCAGCCAUCUUGUGGUCCUUAACACGGGGCACAGUGACCUCAUUAUUCAGACAGGUGUACAUAGAUUCUUUCACAUCACUGAUAGCCCCGAGCUCUGAGUCUGUUCUGGCUCUGGUCUCAUCCAGCUAGUUGCCACAGCUGGCUUUUUAAAAAAUAUAUAUUUAUUUUUAUAGCUCUCACAUUCUGAUUAAGAAUUAUCUUCGGGUCUCUUGAGAAUUUAAAGCUAAACCUGACCUCCCUUGAAUUCCCAGGGCUGCGUAGUUCUUGCCAACUGUACUUCCAGAUCAGCUACCAGCCCAAGACUUUCUGGUUGGAUUCUAGACCCUCCCGGUGGCAGUGGUUUGAAGGCAACACGCCCAGGGAACCUGGGUGUUCCGCUCUUCCACUCUCCCAGCUUCUCGUUCAAACAAUCCUGUGGUCUCCGGUCCUCCACUAAUGGGCUGGGAGACCUGGGCUCACUUCCUCCCUAUAGAAGUCAAGUUCCGAGUGAAUGAUCAAGGUCCCUUCUGGUUCUGUGUCUAUGGUUUCUGCUGACUUUUUUUUUCCCGUCAUGGUAAUGACAUUUAGUUAGAGAUGUAGAGUUAUCUCUGUGUUUCCUGCAAGGCAUACGGCGAGUCCGAAUGAAUGCCGCACUCUCUUGGUAUAUAGAAAACAUAAAUUGCUGCAGAAAUUUCUCCACCAUCACAGUGACCUUCAGUCCUGGUAUUUCUAAGAAAUAAUUUAAUUCUCUAAAUAAAAGGGAGAAGUUGAUCUACAAGGAUUCCUCCUUUAUAGUGUUCGAACUAUGAAAUCAUAGGUUAUCACUUGUUAAAAUCUCUACAGGAGAUGGUGAAUUUUUGUAUUUUCUCUAUCGUCAUGUGUUGCUGUGUGCUUUUUUAAAGCUCUCGGUUUGUAAAGUUUUGACCAAUAAAUGUGUUUUAUG